AUGUCGAAAGCUGCCUCUCCAGCUGUCAAGGUUCGUUUCAUUUCGCACUCCUUUCCUGUCUUUCAUUCGAAUCCGAUUCAGAAGGCGUCCGUCGUUGAGACGAUCCCGAAGAAGUCUUCUCUGUUCUCGUGCGAUUCCAAACUUUCCCCGACUGAUUAUGCGAACUCCCACGGAAAGAGCACUGCUCCGACUACUCCGUCGAAUACCCCAACUAAAAUAUCGUCGAGCACUACUGUCGUUUCUCAGAAAACAAGUGUGACCAGUCUGACGAAUGUGGCUCUCGCUCCAAAAAAGCUGAGUGCCCAGCAGAGCCGUGACCAUUCUCCUCCGAAAGUGCACAAAUCUCUGAGUCCGAGCCGGGCCGGAUCGGGAGAUUCCGGCUCUCGGAAAGGGAGCGUCCGUAAGGAUCCUGUCAAAUCGGAUAAGUUAGCGAAGGAUAUUGAGGGAAUGAAACUGGAGAAAGCGGGUAUUUUAAAGUCUUCCACAUUCAGAGUUUGUGCUUCCUUUUCAGAUUCUCGCGAGCUAGCAAAUCUUCCGACUCCGAAAGAGUAUCCGGAUUCGGAGGACGAAAAAGAAAAAGUUAGUUCGAGUGUUUCCGUGCUUCCCGUUGCCAAUCAGUCAUGUCGCUAAGAAACCGAAAACAUAAUCAAGAAUCGCCAGUCGGCGGUCAGUCACGAGUAUCUUGCGACUCGAUGAGAUUAGGUUCUAUUUGAUUAUAGCUCCAUAGCCUUUUUCUCUCUUUCUUUACUAAUCAGUUUUUAUCAGAAUAAACGCCCUUUCCGCUUCGGCACAACCACCGAAUGGCAGUCAGACAACCUGGAGAAGUUCUACAAAGAGCACAGGAAGUUCCCGACAACUGAGGCCGUCAAGAAGUUCGGACAAUUGUUCUCGAUGACCGAUUUGAUUGCCGAGGUGACCAGAGGGCAAUGGGUGGUGACUAUUACGGAUGGUGAUAUUGCAGACGUGGCUGGAGGCACGUCGUCAACAAACGUACCAGAAGUACGUGGAAAAGGGACUCGAGACGGAACCGUCGGUCAUCCAAUUUUACUGUGAAGCUCUGAAAGUGGCAGAGGGACUGCGUCUCGAGCAUCCAAGCAUCACUGGCAAGUCGUUCUUCUCGUUGGACGGAGUGAACAAACUGGAGCAGAAGGUGAGGAACUAGAGGAAUUGAGGGGAUGGAUACGGAACAUUCCAGAAAGAGGAGGAGGAAAAGAUGAUGCCCGCCAUUUCGGUGUCUUCGAACAAGGUGUUCAUCAGCCCGAAGAAAGAGGAAAGAUGCCAGCUGACGAUCAAAAACGACGGCGAAGUGAACGUCGUGUACCAGAUAAGCAUGAUAAACGCAGCGAACUACGUGAUGUCGCCCAUCUGCGCCAUCCUCCAUCCGAGAGAGGAUCUCACUCUCAACAUCACCAGAAAGGUUGAACCUUUUCCAGACCUCAACAAUUAGCCCAUUUAAGGCAGUAAAGCUUCUGGAGGAAGAGUUCUUCCGCAUUGACUUUGGAUUGGCUCCGGAAGGAAUCAUUGAUGCCCGCGAGUCGGCCGAUCGCGCGGUUCUUUCCGGCCGCGAAAUCAUCGAAGUUGUCGAGAUCGACGAGAAGGAGAUGAAGGUGGUGCGCUGA